AUGACCGCAGCCAUGCUGUUUAACCUCAAUGUCUCCACCUUGUCUGCUACAGCCUUGGUGUGUAUGCUCGUCUGUCUCAUCGUCAAACUCUUUGAGACCUCGCCGGUACCCAAGAACAUCCCCUGGGUGCUAAGCCGGAAGGGAUUCCUGCAGCGUGCCGCAGAACGGUUCAUCGGAGUUAACCCCAUUGGAUUCAUCCAAGAGGGAUAUGAAAAGUACUCCAAGAACAAGCAGCCCUUUGUAAUGCCCAGUGUGAACGAGGGCGAUGAAGUGAUUCUCCCCAAAGAAUUCUCCAACACGGUGCUCUUCGCCAAGGAGUCGGAAUACAGCUUCAAGGCCCAUAUCGUCGACUUUUUCCAGCUCAAGUACACGAGCUGGCCUCUGGCCUUCGCCGAGAAGUAUGAUUUCUUCGUCAAGUUGGUCAGCAAGGACUUGACCGAGACCCUUAAAUCCAAGUGUGUCGCCACCUCCCUCGCCGAUGAGGCCCGUUCCUGUCUCACAGACAUUUGGGGAGAGGACACGGAAAAUUGGGUCGAGGUUCCCCUGUACUCCACCAUGGAGAAGGCGGCGGCGCGCAUGAUCAAUGUACUGGCCAUUGGGCCUGGCGAGAGCCACGACACGGGCCUGCUGAAUGCCAUGACCAACUGCUCCAACGCGAUUGUCUUUGGCGCCAAUGUGAUCAAGGCUUUUCCUUCUUUCCUCCACCCGAUUGUCGGCCCCGUCGUUGGUUUGGUAAAUCGAUACCAAGAGCAUGCCUUCCAUACCCGGAUGAAGCCGAUCAUCGAUGCCAAGAUCAAAGAGCAGAAAGAGGCUUAUGACUCCGAAAAGCUCAAGGAACAUCUCAAGACGAAAGGUAGCCUCCUCGACCUGCUCAUUCAAGCCGGCCUGCGCAGCAAGUGGCCCGUAGAACUCGACACCAUGUGGUUAGCCUACCGAAUGUUCAUGAUCAAUUUCCCCGGUGUGCACACCAGCGGCAUUUCUGCCUCCAGCGCUCUGCUUGAUAUCCUGAGCUACCCCAACGAUGAGGGGUUCGGUGACAUGCUCCAAGACGAGAUCAACAAGAUUGCCGCCGGCUCGGACGGCUCGUGGACGGCUGCUGAGCUGGAACAGGCCACUCUGCUGGAGAGCGCCAUCAAGGAAAGUCUGCGAUUCAAUGGCAUCAACCUGCUCUCUCCCACGCGCAAGGUUGUUGCUCCUGAAGGUGCCACUCUUCCCGACGGCACUUUCCUCCCCUAUGGAACCAAAAUCGGUAUCCCCCAGUACGCCAUCCACCGUGAUAGCGACCUUUACCCCAACCCCAACGAAUACAAUCCCUACCGCUUCUACAAAGAACAUGCCACUGCCGAUGAACUACGCCAGAACUCUAUGACCAACACCAGCGACACGUAUCUGGUGUUCGGCCAUGGGCGCCGGCAAUGUCCCGGCCGGUGGGUCUUCGCACACAUCUUCAAGCUGCUGAUCGCGGAGAUAUUUCUGAAAUAUGAGAUAAAGCCUUUAGCUACUCGUCCCAAAAUCCACCGAUGGGGACGCUUCCAACUACCACCACUAACGGUCAAACUGACCAUUCGACGCAAAAAGGACACCGUUGCCGUGUUCAAAUGA